AUGGUUAUAAUUCUGCUCUUGUUGUUACUGAGCUCCUUGGAUUCGAGUUUACAGGAAUCUCUGGCUCCGAGGCUGACCAGGACCCCAAGGGCACCUUGUGCCAGGGGCCAGGUGUGUGACCCAAGGCAGCGGCGAGAUGCUGGUGGACGCGGCGGGGUUUACGAGCACCUCGGGGGAGCUCCAAGACGCAGGAAACUUUACUGCGCCACAAAAUAUCAUUUGCAAAUUCACCCGAACGGGAAAAUAGACGGAUCUCUUGAUGAAAACAAUCCUUUCAGUAUACUCGAGAUCACAGCUGUGGAUGUCGGUGUUGUGGCGAUAAAAGGCCUGUUUUCUGGAAGAUACCUGGCUAUGAAUGAGAAAGGACGUCUGUAUGCUUCAGAAGUCUUCAACCGAGAGUGUGAGUUUCUGGAGCGCAUUCACGAGCUAGGCUACAACACCUAUGCAUCAAGGCACCAUGCUACCACCCAGCCUCCAUCAACAGGGUCCGGGGCAGGGGGCGGCAAGCGGCGUGCCAGUUCUACGAGGCAGUGGUACGUGUCCAUCAAUGGGAAGGGCCGGCCCAGGAGGGGCUUUAAGACACGGAGCACAGACAAAGCUUCCCUCUUCCUGCCCCGUGUUCUGGGCAACAAGGACCAUGAGAUGGUGCGCAAGCUCAGAGAGAGCCAGCGGCACCAGGCCGGCUCUCACAGAGCCCCUGUGGGUCGGGCAGAACGCAGAAGACGACGACACAGGGGCUCCAAGGGCCACAGCAGAAGGGCUGACAUUUAACACU